CCCCCCUAGGCUCUUCAGUCGACCACAGAGAAGAUGAUUUCUGUGCUAGUUGUUUGAAUAUGGCUUUGUCGAGAGGGUUUAGAUGCUGUCAAAGAAUAUUCUCUUGGAUCCCCGUUAUUAUUAUCGCGUCUGUAGUUCUGUGGUCCUAUUACGCGUAUGUCUUUGAGCUGUGUCUGUUCACUCUCAGCAACACCCUGGAAAAAGCGGCCUACCUUCUGGUGUUCCAUGCUUGUUUUGUGAUGUUUCUGUGGACUUACUGGAAGUCCAUUUUUACACCUCCCUCCACACCUAUCAAGAAGUUCCACCUUUCGUACUCGGACAAGGAGCGGUACGAUAAGGAAGAUAGACCAGAUGUGCAGAAGCAUAUUCUCAUGGAGGUGGCGAAGAAGCUUCCCAUUUUCACAAGAACAACAUCUGGGGCGAUCAGGUUCUGUGACCGCUGCCAGCUGCUGAAGCCUGACCGGUGCCAUCACUGCUCUGUCUGUGAGACAUGUGUCCUCAAAAUGGAUCAUCAUUGUCCAUGGGUAAAUAAUUGUGUGGGCUUCUCCAACUACAAGUUCUUCCUGUUGUUCCUCACAUACUCGAUGCUCUACUGCGUCUUCAUUGCUGCAACAGUAUUUCGAUAUUUCCUCAAGUUUUGGUCGGGAGAGCUGCCCAAUGCUCCGGCCAAGUUCCAUGUACUCUUCCUCCUGUUCGUGGCCCUCAUGUUUUUCGUCAGCCUCAUGUUCCUCUUUGGGUACCACUGCUGGUUGGUGACCAAGAACAGGUCCACAUUGGAGGCUUUCUCAGCCCCCAUAUUCCAGACCGGACCUGACAAGAAUGGCUUCAACCUCGGCUUCCGGAGGAAUCUAACCCAAGUUUUCGGAGAUGAGCAGAAACUCUGGUUCCUCCCUGUCUUUACAAGCCUUGGCGAUGGUCAUUUCUUCCCCAUGCGGACCGAGAGUGAAUCCCGGAAUCCUUUAUUAGGUAACGAGGAGCAAUGGGAGGAAGACGAUGUAUCAGAUGAAGAAAGUCCAGCCAUUCAAAGAGACCCUUCAGUCACCAUACAGAUGGAGUCGUAAUUGGCUGGAGAGCAAAGCAGCAGAAAUCAUUCAAGGUGAUUUUUAAUAACGAUGAAGCGGUGCGACAUGGUGGAGGGUGCGUGUGUGUGUGGAGACGCUGCUGCUGCUGCUGUGUCUAUGGUGAUGCGUACGAGGUUGUGAAGAAUUUCAGACCAGCUGAGAUCCGAGAAGGAAGCAAGCGUCAAACGAACAUUCGCUGAGAAUUCCUUUGAGGUGGUUUUCACCCAUAUCUCCCCCCCCCCCCUUGUCCUGUAUGUCACCAUACAGAUGUGUGUGGUGAUUGGGGGGGGAAAGGCGUUGGCAGCUGGUAACAAAAUUGAUUAUUGAUCUUUACUCUGCUUAAGCCCAUCAUCGCGAUUGCCGUUACCAUGGAAAUGAGCAUCAGCUGGAAUCUCACCGUCUCAUAUCAUCUGAAGUGAUCUUCAUAUUCAGGCUCAUACCAUCAGCAGGUGUUCAGCCUGUGCACCCCCCCCCCAUUUAACAUACCAUAGAAUUGUUUUUCUUUUUUUCCCCAUCCUGACCGCAAACCCUAAUCCAUGCACAGACUACUUCACCAUCUACAGCUGUGAAGGCCGCUCCCUCUUUGUGGUCAGAAUUUAAACAUGGGUGUUGUGUGUGACAAGCUGGCCCUCUCCCUGUCAACCUUAACAGAGAAGAGGACCCAAGAAUGCUGCUUUUUCCUGGAGUGGAGACCAGGGUCGUGCCCAUUUUUCCUCAGCCUUGGGGGGUGGCCUUUUAAACUUGAACCAAUGAUGAAGAGGACAUAGGACAUUCAUCAGAGGGAUUUAUUAUGAAAUGUAUUCUAUAUGAAAUUACCGUUUACGGACUAUGUGGUGAAACCAGCUUCUGCUUUGCCCUGAAGUUGGUUGUGCGGCAUUAUCAUUCACAGUCUCCGCUUCACUAUGGGAAAUGCACUUUGCCUAAUCAUGCAGGUUUACAUUUCGGUUCAUCACCCGUGUUGCAGCAUAGGCGUGUCCAUGACCAAGGAAAACGUAGUAUUUCCACUUAACUCAUCAAUGGCGUAUGUAUGAAAUGCAAGCUUGGUGGUGGUAGGGAGCACGGCGGUAAGAUGCCGGUGCUUCAGAGGAACAGGAAGAAAUGGUGAGGCCAAGAAAAGGAUGAAAGUGGGGAGUUAUUUAUUCACAAUCAGUUUUUAAAGACUUUCUGGGGAGGAUGUAUUAUUUUGAUAAUGUGUUUUUUUUUUGGUACUUCAUCUGUCUGGUUUGUUUUCCAUCAUUGAGGUGAAAGCGGUUAAUGACGUGUUAUUUUUCUCUGCCCGUAAGAUGAUUCUAAAGAGGUAUUUAGCAGAUGUGUGUCCAUGAAUAGUAUGUAAGAGCGGCUCGCUGUUGCUGCUAAGACUAUUUUAGCUUGAAGGAAUUAGAGGUAAAUUUAAAGCCUGAAAUAGUUUUAAUUUAUACUGAUGGUGUUUUUAACUGGUUUUCUUACCUGGGCCAUGCAAUACAAAGGCAGUGGAACAAUGGCGUACAAAAAGUACUGUCAUCCUGCCAAAAGCAGACACUGGUUAGCGGUUAAUGAUGCACUUUGGUGUGGGUUCCAUUCUUGUUUGUCCUUUUAAAGGGAUUCUGGUUUGUCCUGAUCAUGGGUGUUAGGCAUUUCCUGUACACCAACGGUGUGAUCUAAAUAUUCUUUUUUUUAAUAAAUGACUUUUUCUCCAUGAUAAUUUAGGCCAAAUGGUCAAAACAGUGUUUUUAAAACAUUAUCAAAUAGUAAUAAUAACAUAAUACUUUGGUUGCCAUUCAAAACAAUGAGUGAUAUUCUACUCCAUUUGUUUGGACAGUCAAUUGACUGCUGUCAGUUCCCUUUAUUGUAGCAGGAAAGCACAAUUGCCAGCCCAUUAUACUUGGCGUUAAAGCCGUGGGUGUGACUGAGCGUGAGAACCGUCACUGAUAGGCCCUGUUGUUUUCUUUGUACUCUGGACUUUGAAUAGCGUUUGUAAAAGUCGUUUUUAAAACACCACCUCCAACAAUUAUUUGUUUAUGCAUUUGGUUGAGUUUUUAUCUUUGCAUAUAAAAGCUGGGGAUCAUCCCAGCGUGUGCGAUUACAGCAAUCUCUGAUGUUCCAUGGAGGAAACACUCAUGAACAGAUACUAAAGGGGUGAAGAAUAAAUGGUUCCCUGUGCUGACGCUGUACCGUGUGAAGGUUUAGGAACGUGUGAAGAUUCUGUUACAUCAUCUUUGUACUUACGAAACAAACGGCGUGGCCCACACGCAAACGUGCCGCGUAAUUGGAAUGCGCGCUAGACAAAAGGCCCUCGUUUGUCCAUAUAGCCCCAAGCAUUGUCGUGAGUUCUUCCCGCCGAGCCGGGAGCGAGACGGAGGAAUACUUGAUUAAAUUCCUUUUGAAAAAUAUCGCGCUGGAAGCGACUGUUACUAAAGUCUGCCUUGCCCUCGCAGUGACGAGACAAGCCGUGCCUUCUGAAAAUGGAGUUUUGGUUGACAUUGUCGCAGGGAAAUGAACCCUCCAAUUAAACUGACGUGGACAAAAGGGUAAUCCACGUGGAAAGGCAGAUAUAGAGUGGCACAAUAAGAGAGCUCAGAUGAGUGCUAGAGGCUUUUACCCAUGCUUUCUGACUGGAUGAUUCUUCUGUGUUUGUUUAUAACCUUCAAAGUGCUUACAAGGUAACGCCUAACCUUUAGCCAAGACCAUGCUUGAUGAUUCAUCACCAGCUCUUUGGUUUCUCAGAAGGUAUUACAAAUUUCUAUAAAUCUUAAGUAAAUAAAUCUUAGUGUAUCAUUA